CUGCUGCUGAUAUUGCUGCUGCUGAUGUUGCUGCCGAUGCUUCUAAGGCUCCUACUGAUACUACCAAAACUGGAACUCAAGCCCCUCUUGCACCUGGUGAAGAAGCUGACGAAGAAGAGCCAGAUGAAGAAGAACCUGAAGAACUUUUCCGUCGCUCCAGCCAUGACGAAGAAGAUGAAGAGGAAGAAGAUGAAGACGAGCCAAGUGAAAAGAAGCAUGAUGAAAAGGAUGAAAAGAAGAAGCGUAGCCUUACUCGCCGUACAAGUGAAAACGAAGAAGAGCCUGACGAAAAUGAACCCGAUGAAAACGAAGCUGACGAAAACGAAAUUGAUGAAGAAGAAGCUGAUGAAAACGAAAACGAACCUGACGAGCUUGGUGAUGCUGCACCUAACAAUCACUAGAUAUUUUCUUUAUGCUUUGGUUUAUUUGUUAAACCAGUUUUAGUUGUUCCUCAAGGACGUAGUUUAUUAUUUUUUCUAAUUUAAAAAUUCAAUAAAUAUUGUAUUUCUUAUAAAAA